GUCCCUCCGCUUUGCCGGGGAAGGAGCGGGGCUCUUCCGCAGCUGCCUCCGCCGCAUUCCCGACAGGUUCAGACCAGACCUGGACGGUGCGACACGGGCCUGAUCCGUGCCGGGAGCGGAGGUGGCAGCGGCCGUGCGUUUGGAGAGGCGGUGGUGAAAGCGAGCCUCUGGCAAGCCUCUGGGUUCAGGGAGUCAGCGAGGGUGGCUGGCGCCGUGUCUUCCCUAAAAAUCGUAAAGUCACGGUGUCAGAUGGCCAAGUCAGGUGGCCUUGGCGUCCCUGCUUGGGCGGGGCACCGGCUGCCUCCUGAGAAGGAGCCGGAGCGAAAGAGGUUUUAAACUUCCGCUGUGAGGCAAUAAAUAAAAAAGGAAAAACGAGUUCAGAUACAGAGCUCUGGCUGCGGUAAUGAGGCGUGUUCCUGCUCCGUUGGUCCCGUGUGGGAUUCCCUACUGCUGUCAUGUGGAGUAUUGCGUGCAGAAAGGAGAGUUGCCAACUGCUCGUGAGAGGUUUUCCUCAAUAUGAGUGGGUUCUAGCAGUUACAGUUUUCUGUCCUUGGUUGAAUUUGUUUGCAAUUUUUUUUAAAUUUCAUAUUCUUCUGUGACUUUAGCGUAACUUUUAGGGAAGAUGGAACUUCCUGUUAUCUUCUGCAGCGUCAUCAGAAUGGGGAAGCCAUAGAGUUGGUGGAAACUGCUAGGGAAAAUGUUCAGGAAUUGUGUCCACACAAGAUAUGAAAUUAUCCGUCAAUACAUUCUGUAAAGUGCUAAGCACUUGUCUUGUAUCAUGACACCCUACGUGUGAUGUAAAGGAUGUAUUUGUCGUGCCAGUUUUCAUACACAAGCUGUAUGUUAUGCAGGUUCAGCAUACUUCUCUAAUGAGUAAAGGGCAUUUGGGGUCUGACUAAUGAUUGUAAAACAUGCCAUUUUGUUAUAUGAAACAUACAUAUGUAUAUAUACAAAUCUCUUUCCUGAAUGAAGUCUGUGAUGAAACCUCAGGUGAAGGUUGCCUAUUGGAAGUGUCAUUUGGAAAGAAAAGAAUUGUGGAAAGGCUUUAGUUGGAAGGGACCUUAAAGACCCCCUGCUCUGGGCAGGCAUGCCAUCCCACUAAAUCAAGUUGUUCAGUACUCCAUCCAGCCUGGCCUUGAACAUUUUUAGGGACUGGGCAUCCACUUCUCUGGGCGACUUGUUCCAGUGCAUCACCACUGUCACGGUAAUGUAAGCAUUUUGGUUAGACAAGAGAGAGGAAGCAGGCAUGUCAGCUCUUUGUCCACCACCGUCUCCUGCAGUUGCUAAGACAGAAAUCUCUUUGAAUGGUGAAUCACCGUUAUUAGCUGCCACUUUUGCUUACUGGGACAAUAUUCUUGGCCCCCGAGUGCGGCAUAUCUGGGCUCCAAAGACAGAACAGGUACUUCUCAGUGACGGUGAAAUAACUUUUCUUGCUAACCACACCCUGAAUGGAGAAAUACUUCGGAAUGCAGAAAGUGGUGCAAUAGACGUGAAGUUCUUUGUUUUGGCUGAAAAAAGGGUAAUCAUUGUGUCAUUAAUCUUUGAUGGAAACUGGAACGGAGACAGAAGCACGUAUGGACUGUCAAUUAUACUUCCACAAAGUGAACUUGGUUUCUACUUGCCACUUCACAGAGUAUGCGUGGAUAGAUUAACACAUAUUAUAAGGAAAGGAAGGAUAUGGAUGCAUAAGGAGAGGCAAGAACAUUUCCAGAAGAUUGUCUUGGAGGGCACAGAAAGAAUGGAGGAUCAGGGUCAGAGCAUCAUUCCAAUGCUGACAGGAGAAGUCAUUCCUGUAAUGGAACUCCUUUCAUCUAUGAAAUCACACAGUGUUCCAGAAGAAAUAGAUAUAAGUGACACAGUGCUAAAUGAUGAUGACAUUGGGGAUAGUUGCCAUGAAGGCUUUCUCCUCAAUGCAAUUAGUUCACACCUGCAGACCUGUGGUUGUUCUGUAGUCGUAGGAAGCAGUGCAGAAAAAGUUAAUAAGAUUGUGAGGACAUUGUGCCUGUUUCUCACACCGUCUGAGCGGAAGUGUUCCAGACUCUGUAGAAGUGAAUCCUCUUUCAAGUAUGAGUCAGGACUUUUUGUUCAAGGCUUACUCAAAGAUGCAACAGGAAGUUUUGUGUUGCCCUUCCGCCAAGUAAUGUACGCCCCAUACCCUACUACACAUAUAGAUGUGGAUGUCAAUACAGUGAAGCAGAUGCCCCCUUGUCACGAACACAUCUAUAACCAGCGACGAUACAUGAGAUCUGAGCUGACAGCAUUUUGGAGAGCUAAUUCAGAUGAAGAAAUGUCUCAAGAUCAUAUUAUCCACACAGAUGAGAGUUUCACACCUGAUUUAAAUGUCUUUCAAGAUAUUGUGCAUAGAGAUACAUUAGUAAAAGCCUUCCUGGAUCAGAUCUUUCACCUGAAGCCUGGCUUGUCUCUAAGGAGUACUUUCCUUGCACAAUUCCUGCUUGUCCUUCACAGAAAAGCCUUAACUUUAAUAAAGUACAUAGAGGAUGACACGCAAAAAGGCAAAAAGCCUUUUAAGUCUCUUCGUAGCUUAAAGAUAGAUCUUGACUUGACAGCAGAGGGCGAUCUUAACAUAAUAAUGGCUUUGGCAGAGAAGAUUAAACCAGGUCUACACUCCUUUAUCUUUGGGAGGCCGUUCUACACUAGUGUACAAGAACGUGACAUGCUCAUGACAUUUUAAAGUCUUCCCUGCAUCCGAUAUUGCAGUCCUGCAGAGCACAAAAUCUGUCAGUGUGACCCCCACACUGGUGACAAGCAUUGAAGGCUGAGGGUGAAACAUCAGGAAUACAGUAACAUUGAGGUGUGUCUCAAGCAGUGGGGGUCUUUUAAGAGGGAAUUUCAGCUUAGCUAGAUAAGCAUGAUUUUAAUUAAUCGGUCUCUUCUGUGUGUAUUUUUUUUAAUUGUAAAUGUUACCAGAAGGUCCUUGGCCAUAUUGGCUUAGUGGAUAAAUGUGAAUAUGUUUUGGUGUAUGAUAAAAGGAAGUAUUUUUAAUUUUUAUUGCCCAGAGACUGCUUUCCGGUGUGUGUCAGAUUUUCCCUGUUCUGGUGUGUCAGUAUUUUCAGUGUUUCUGCAGAAAAUAGUGCAUAUGUCCUCUCUAACCAUGGAGGUUAUAGAAAAGACGCCUUCCAAGGGUUUCAGAGUUUUUAAAACUGUUGUUCUUAUGUAUGUGGUGCAAAUCUUAAAUAUGGCUUUUACUUAUCUGCUUCUUUUAACACUAAUGUCCUUCCUUUAGAGCAUUUAAUCAUAGCUGGAAUUUUUAAUAUACUACAAAGUGUUAUUUCUGUGUGCAGACCAUUGGUUAUUUGCAGCAUAAAUAGCAGCACAUUGCACAUGGGAAUUAAGUAUUACUCAAGCAUCUUUGUGCAUGUAAGUGCCAAGCAGGAUAUUCUUAUCUUAUAUUUCUGGCCUGUCCUGUAUGGAUUGGUCAGUGAUCAGCUAACUGAGGUCUUUCAAAAUAUAAAACAGAGUACUCAUGUCAUUCCACAGCAAUUGUCAGUCUUUCUGUGUGUAAACUACCACUGGUAUUUGCACUGUCAGUUUCAAUGAGACUCAUAGAAUAAUUUAGAAUGGAAAAGACCUUCAAGAUCAUUGAAUCCAGCCAUUAACCCAGAACUGCCAGGUUCACCAGUAAAUCUUGUUCCUAAGUGCCACAUCUGCACAUUUUUUAACUCUUCCAUGGACAGUGAUUCCACUACUUCCUAGGCAGAUAGUUUUCAAUGCUUGACAAAAUAUUCAGAUUAAAAUAUUAGAUCCUUUCAAAGAACAUCAAGGUGAUAGCCAAGCUAAAAGAUAAAACAGUAUUUUUUUUCUUCAUUUACAUCACCAUUAAUAUAUUUAGUAAUCCUUAAUUUAAAAAUGUGCAUGACUAUGAACUAAUGUGAUUAGCAUUUUAGUAAGUUAACUCCAGUCAUUAAGCUUACCUAUCUUCUUAGUUCAGCUUAGAAUAUCUUCAACUUAGCUUGAAAAUCAAAACGCAUUUUCUGUUAGUAUGUCUCAACCUUUCUUUCUCUGUAGCAUGUUGAGCAGUGUGGUGUCAGGUGAAUCCAGACUUUUUGUUUUUACCCAGAAAUCAGAGGUAUAUCCAUACUGCAUGUUGUUGUAUCUCUGCUCUUUUUGGGCAAGUAUAGGAAUUUAUUUGUGUCAUGUUUCAGCAUAAAGUCAUAACUUAAUAUUCAUUGGAAAAGUGAAAGAGCUGCACUGACUGGAGAAGCCAUGGUCACUUUGUUGCUUACCUUGUUUGUAACUCUCCUUUGUAAAUAGGUUUCUGAUUUUAAGAUAGCUUUUUAUUAUUAUUUUCAUGCAAUGUGGCAGAAAAGUUGGAAGUUAGAGUCACCGCUUUUUCUGAAAUGUCUAAUGCUCAGAUUUUUAAAAGAAAUACUGUCCUUUAUUUAGAUGCCCAAAAUUCGUUUCCCGGAAGACAGAGAUUCUCAGUCAAAUGUUUUGAGCCUCUAAAAGAUGUGAAGUUGAGCCCCAUCUGCACACCAUUUUUGUGAGUUUGCACCAUCAGUGUUACCUGGUUGCAAAAAAACUGACAUUUUGUGCAGCCAUCGUUUUGCUGUAGGUGCAUAUAGAAGUCUUGCAGUAAAGCUUAGUGAUUUAUCAAAGGAAGUGUCAGAAUUACAUAAGUUACUUGUGCUGUGAUUCUGUUUGUCAUUCUACCUCUACUGUUCCCUUCUCUGUUUUCAAGUCAAGACAUUAGAGCAUGAAUGUGCCUAAGUUGUUACUGUCAUGUCUAAAUAAUGAAAGAAAUGUAAUAAACACUGCCAGAACUUCUAAUGUAGAAGUUGUGUCAAAAUAGAAGAGCUUUUAAUCUGCUGCUGAAAUCAAUCCUUUCAGCUUGAUAAGCAUUGGAAACUCAACACUGACACUACUAACAGUGAAGCUUUUGUUUACUUAAGAUUCUGUUACUUUUUGAAGUUACUAAAAACUGGAAAUUAAAUUGCUACUUUUGUUGCACAGCUGUCACAAAUGCAGAAUGUAUAUUGAAGUACAUUGUUAAAUGCAUCUGCAUGUUGUGUUGUAAAUCUAGCUCAGGAAACAACAUAAUAAAAUUCAUGCACAAUUUUUGGACUUUAA